UAUAUAUCUAGAGAAAGAGAGAGAGGCGAAGAAGGCAAAUUCAACGAGGGUUCUCCACCUGCCAAACUCCAUUUUCUUACUAUUAAAGAAUGGAUUGAACGGUUUCGGAGUGUGUUUGUAUUGUAGGAGGAGAGUCAAGAACUCCUCGUGAGAAAAAGUCGUCACGAGAUGAGUUUUCAGGUGGAUGAGUGAUUGAUUUCAGGACUGUCUCGAACUUGGCGACGUUGGAGCAGAUUGAUUGCGUUUUCCUCCAUUGCAGCAGAAUUUGUUGUACUCUGAGCAGUUAAGUUUGUACGGUACGACGACGAUGAUGAUGCUCGAGGACCUAGGUUUUUCCGGUGAUUUCGAUUUCUUCUGCUCCGCCUCGGGGAAGGACGACGGCGAUGUAUACGCUCCUGAUCCGGCGCCGCCUAUGGAGUUGGAGGCAGAGGCGGAGGACGAGGAUUACACGGAUGACGAAAUCGACGUGGACGAGCUCGAGAGGAGACUGUGGAGGGACAAGAUGCGUCUCAAGCGGCUGAAGGAAAUCAACAAGACAAAACACACCGCCGCCGCCGCCGGCGGCGGCGGGGCUGCCGACUCCGCCAAGCACCUCCAGUCGCAGGAGCAGGCGCGUCGGAAGAAGAUGUCACGCGCUCAGGACGGGAUCCUCAAAUACAUGCUGAAAAUGAUGGAGGUCUGCAAAGCCCAAGGUUUCGUCUACGGCAUCAUCCCUGAGAAAGGCAAGCCGGUGAGCGGCGCGUCGGACAACCUCCGCGCGUGGUGGAAGGACAAGGUCCGGUUCGACCGGAACGGUCCGGCCGCCAUCACCAAGUACCAAGCCGAGAACCAAAUCCCGGUCCCGGAUCCCGACUCCAGCUCCACAGGGCCAGGGCCUACUCCCCACACCUUACAGGAGCUCCAAGACACCACCCUCGGCUCCCUCCUCUCCGCCCUGAUGCAGCACUGCAACCCGCCGCAGCGGCGCUUCCCUUUAGAGAAAGGCGAGCCGCCGCCGUGGUGGCCGACGGGGGCGGAGGAGUGGUGGCAGGACCUGGCCCUGCCGAAAGAUCAACUCCCGCCUCCUUACAAGAAGCCUCAUGACCUCAAGAAGGCUUGGAAAGUCGGAGUCCUUACAGCCGUCAUUAAACACAUGUCUCCCGACAUCCCGAAAAUCCGAAAGCUCAUCCGGCAAUCGAAAUGCCUUCAGGACAAGAUGACCGCCAAAGAAAGCGCCACCUGGCUUGCCAUCGUCAACCAAGAAGAAGCCAUUGCCCGGAAACUCUACCCCGAUCGAUGCCCUGCCGACAGCGGCGGCAGCGCACCAUUCGGCAUCGACUAUUGCAACGAGUACUAUGAUGUCGAAGAAGAGCAAAAACCGAAGACAAUUCCGAUAACUUUCCUCAAUAAUUCAGAAACAAACAAAUUCGACGAAGAUCAUCGCGACAUUCUACCGAGGAAGAGGAAGCCGAUCGAUGAGGCCAAUUCUGUUGCAACAUUCGCUUGCCCCUACAGCAAACUCUGCCACACCUUCCUCAACCGGAGCUCCCGCGACAAUCAUCAGUUUUCUUGCCCUUACAAGCCGAUGUCUUCCUUAUUCGGGACAUCGAGUUUCAACGACAUUAAGCCGUUUACUUAUCCUCAACCGGGUGGAUCGAUCCAAUUACCGUCGUUCGAGCAAUCAGCCGGGCUCGGAGUCCCCGAAGAUGGGCAGCGAAUGAUCGACGAGCUAAUGUCGUUCUACGACAACAACAUUCAAGGGAACGAUUACUCCAAGAAUUUAUUAGGCCAGAGGAUCAUGUUCGAGGAUGACCCGGCCAUAUCCGGCGACACCGCGAUGUUCCAUCGACCAGAGACAUUCGGAAAUUUCAACUCUGACGCUGCGGAAAAUUUCCAAUUGGUGUGUAGUCCCCUGUUCAACAUGCCACCUCCGCUCGACUUCUCCGGCGGCGGUCCGGUGGAUAAUCCGGCGGCGGCGGUGAAACAAGACAUCCCCUCAAUGUGGUACUGAGAAUGACGAUCCUCGUCGUCAGGUAUGAUUCCGAUUCCGGCGUCUUACUUUAUUUACUUACUUUCUUGAUUAUCUAAAACGUCUAGAAGGUUUGGAAAUUGGAAGGACAUGAACUUAAAAGGAUCUUUUAAUAAUGCCAAAUAUGCGUGUGUAGUAUUGUUAUUAUUAAUUAAUGUUAUUAUUACUACAUGAGAACAAUAAUUGUGGUUUCUAGGAAUAUUUUUUAAGUCUUGAUGUGUCGUAGGAAGAAGCCCUCAGCGAUGAUUGGCUCGUGGGAAUGUGUAAUAAAUAAUGCAUGGUAGAGG